AUGGGAAGUGAGUGCCACGCACCGUAUUUUGGAUAUUCAGUGGCUAGGGAUCCAUUCACCACCGACAAGGAAUCCGAUCGGAAUGAGUACGAUGAGAGCGAUCCAAAAUCGUGGUUCGGGAUAUCGCCUGGUUCGAACGUGCUCAAUGGGAGAUAUCCAUCUGCGAAACCGUUCGUAGAGAAACUACAGCAUCAGGAAAUCGCUCUACUGGAACGGAUGGUGGAGGAGCGAGAAGCGCGUCGCAAAGCAAUACAGCGCGAGAUUUUACGAGAAACAGAUUUUGCAAAAGCAGAGGGAUCAUUAGCAGUCCAAUGCAGUUCUAGUGCUCAAGAAUCGCUGUCAAAGAUUUCGGCUUCAGCUGCUUCGGAUGAAACCACGCUGAAAGAGGAGCGUAAUCCGAUUUGUGGGGAUGAAGUAGCGUUUGCAAAAGAUUUUAUGGCAAAACUGGUCUCUGUUCCUAAUUUGUUGAAACGUACGAUAAAAGAAAAAAUCAUGAUAACAUCGAAGAAGUUUGCAAAGCCCAAUGAUAUCGCUCAGGUUGUUCGUUUCUUCAAUAAUUUACUCACUGGCUUGACAGUGUACGGCUUCGAUGAUAAAAUGAUCAAUUUGAAGGACGAUGAUGUGGCUAUCAAUUGGGCUAUGGCGCUGAUCAUUGACACUUAUGUGGUAAUUCUCUUACUCAGGGCUUUAUUGAACUUUUUCUAA